UUUUUUUUUUAAUUUUUCCUGAGAAUCGUGAUUGUGCCGCUGGCCUGUUGCAAUGUGGCGAUUUGAACCCCGCGUUUAAAUAAGAUGGAGCAUCUCUGGGGAUUCGCAGUUGCAGGCGACGACGCCAGUUUGGGUGUAUUGACUCCAUUUCUGUCACCACCGUGAGCGGGUGUGAGGCAAUUCCUUCCAGGAGACCUUGUUUUUCCCGAAGCUUUUCUGGAGGAAGCUUUGUUUGGUUCACAAAUGGCCAGUGGAUUGCCUACCACCGGUGAUCCCUCUUCGUCCUCUCUCUCAAAGUCCGGUGCCGGAAGUAGCUCGCAGGAUAUAGUAUCAGAUUCAGAGACGGCGCCCUUACUUCCCCGCGUUUCCGAUGCUCCGGAGCUUUCUGCAGCGUGCCGAAAUUAUGGUGCAACGCAGUCGGGCUUGAAGGCGAAGCUCUCACAGUAUGAAAUCCCUUUUUGGCAGAACCAGCCUAUGUGGAGCACUGGGCUGUUUGAUUGUUGCGCAGAUAUGCCCAUGUGUUGCUUCACCAUGUUUUUCCCCUGCUUGGCGUUUGGCUGGAAUGCCCAGGCUUUAGACGAGAGUAAAAACUCUUGCUGGACUGCAGCAACAGCGUGGUGGGUGCUCCAGCACACAAUUGCGCUGGGAUGCUUGUAUUCCGCAUCGUAUCGUGGCAAGCUACGCUCCAAGUACAACAUUCCAGAAGGUCCAUUUUCUGACUCUCUCAUCCAUUGCCUAUGCUGGCCAUGUGCAUUUUGCCAAGAGUAUCGAGAACUUCAUUACAGGAGCUUUGGGCCCGAGUCCUGGGGCCAAAGUUUUACGAUUCCCCCUGCUGAACAGCGAUUCCUAUCUUCUGAAAGGAAGGAUCCAGAAAUGCUUGGCAAGAAAUUUCGAAAGUCCAAGAAAGCUCUCAGGAAAUAAACUGCUGUUUUACCAUCUCCAUGUUCCAUCAUGCUGGGAUUGCCGUUAAAAGUCUCAUGUAGGUUUUGAUCAUUAGGAUCAAAGGCUCCCUGGGAUCGAUUCACAUUACCUCGGAAGAGUCGCAGAUGGUGAGCUAGAUUAAUUCAGCAGUAGAGAUGUCCCUGUAGUGGGUGCAAGUCUUCAUCCUCUGCUUAGCAUGCCAUGGUACCAUAAUUUUACGAGCUGAUCAGAUUCUAGAAUCUGUGAGAUUUUGUAUCAUAUGUAGCUUCAUAUCAACAUUAAUAGUAGCAUGGCUCUUUCCAGUGCUUGUGUCAUUUACCAA